AUGAGUGUCAAAACCUGUAAAGUUGAUGAGCCUGUAAAAUGGCAAGCAUCACUUAGAAGUGGCAACAAGACCAAACAAGAUGUCAAAUCUCCUUUGGUUUCUCCAUCAUCAUCGACCAAAGCGUCGAGAUCUCCGCUUGUGAGCCAGAAAACAACAAGGCACGUUGCUUCGUCGGCUGAAGAUAUAAAAAAUAGUCAUAGAGAAGAAGCAAAGAUCUGCGACUCGAGCAAAUGGACAGGGAAUUUCAUUCUUACGAUCGAGCUACGAAGGAAGAUCAUCACGUUUAGAAGCAUCAUUGAUCUUCCUCCUCUUAGUUAUCUUUCCAUAACCAAUAUGGUGAUGCGUACGAUGAAAGAUCUCAAUAAGCUUUGUCCUGAGAUCGUGGAGAACUCGCAAACCCUAGAUAUCAGACGUGAAGAUAUCGACAAGUUGCUUGAUCGAUUCUACAAGGCAUUGAAAUCAAUUGGAGAUUCAUGGAUCGAAGACCACGAAUGGAUCAUCAAAUCCAAGUCGUAUAACAGUAGCGGUAGGAAGAAUCUGUCCGAUCGACUUGUGGAUAAGGUGUUAGCUGCAUUAGAUGGACUGAUUAAGGGAUUGAACGAGAGGCUUAAUACGACAGAGAUCAACAAUGAUGAUCUAAAGAAGAGAAAAGUUACUAGUCCUCCGAAGAGUAAAUUAACAUCUAGCAACCGAUCAGAAUCAUUCAAGAAGCAACCGAUCACGCCAAGAACGGUGCUGAAACAGCCGAGUAAAGGUCGAGACAUUGCCAUCUCCGUUUCGAAUAUUCCAAGAAAUACGAGGAUGCAAACGCUUGUGAAGCUGAGUCCUAUCGACGUCAAGCGAAUCUCUAUCCAAAGUACGUGCCAUAAAGAACCUCAGAGCAAGAACGUUGAUGAGAGUGUUAAACAGAAGAUCAAGAGUGAAAAAGAGAGGAUUGAGAAGAUGGAGAUAGCAAAAGAAGUGGAACAAGAUAGUGUCAAGAAGAUAGAGAUUGAUGAUAAAAAUUGCUCCAAAGUUCUAGAGAAAUCUAAAGUUGUUCCGGAAUCUUUGGCUCCGACUCCUCCACCUCCAGGUAAUGCCGCACUUCCGCAGCCACAGCCACCUCCAAUGGCUGCCGUAAAAGGACCGGCUGUGUCGCCUCCUCCACAUCCAGGGAAUGCAUCACUACCACCUCCACAGCCACAGCCACAGCAAAUGGCUGCCGGUAAAGGACCCGGUGGUCCACCACCGCCUCCAAUGGCUGGAGGAAGAGGACCGGGUGGUCCACCACCACCUCCAAUGGGUGGAGGAAGAGGACCGGGUGCUCCACCACCACCGCCACUUGGCUUGGGAGCCAAGAAAUCAAAUGGUAAACUAAAGAGAUCAACACAAUUAGGGAGCCUCUACAAAUUCGUCAAGGCGAUAAUAGAAGGCAAGGAUCCAGAAGCAAGACCCCGUGGCGGCGGAGGAGGAGGAAUCAAAGCCGGGAAAGCCAGCGGAAAGCAAGGAAUGGCUGAUACUCUAGCUGAGAUAGAAAAGAAGUCUCCUUACUUUCAGAAGAUAGAAGCGGAUGUUCAAAUGUAUAAGAAAGCAAUCAAUGAGCUUAAGACAGAGAUUACCAGGUUCGGUAGUAAGGACAUGGCCGAGCUUCAGAGAUUUCACCGGUAUGUAGAGUCAGUUCUUGAGAAGCUAACAGAUGAAACAAAGAUCAGGAAAGAGAUCGAAACUCUAGACCAGAUCAAAGACGAAGAGGAAAAGAAUUUCAAGAGGCAUAACAUCCCUUUCGACUUCAAGAUCCUUGUUCAGAUUAAGGAACUAGUGGUUGACAUCUCAUCAGGCUGUAUGGAGCUGGCUUUGAAGGAAAAGAGAGCAGAAAAGAGUGCAUCGCAGACUGAAGGAUCAAGAGAGGCAAAGCCGAGCGUGAUCAAGAACAAGACUGUAAAAUUGGCUAAGAUGCUGUGGAGGGCAUUUCAGUUUGCGUUCAAAGUUUAUACAUUUGCUGGUGGACACGACGACCGAGCUGAUCGGCUUACAAGAGAGUUGGCUGAUGAGAUCAAACUGAUUCUUAAAAACCACUCUUUGUAA